AUGGCGAGUGUUCCAGUUGCGACUUCGUUCACGGAAUCAAAGCCUGCAUUCGUGAAGAGGGCGCUCGAAGUCGGGCUGGAACAGUCAGAAGUCGACCACUUGGUCGGUAAGAAAGUGGACACUCUGUCCAAGCUCGCAUUUGUGCUGGUUCCUCCUGGAAAGGUUCCGGAGGACGAUGCUGUUGUUGCUCUGCUUCCCGCUGGGGCCAGUGCAGGAGCUUUAGCUGGGCUCAAGCGUCUCCUCUUCGAGGCUCAUACCAUGAUCGUCUCAGCUCUUAAGCAGCGAGUUGAGCGGACAGACGAAAACCUCCCAGCUUCCUUAGAUGUGGCCGAAAGGGAGGACCGCCUUGCCAAUCAGAAGGCCAGAUUGGGCGGUUUGACAUUUCAGGGGGACGAGGAGGUCGCUCACUCGGCCUACGAUCUUGUGUUUGCUAUGGCCCAGAAGAAUGAGCUUGUUUGGCUGGCGCCGGAGAAGUUCGGAACCAGGCGUGCUGAGAUCAGCUCUAAGAAGAGCCAAAAGGAGUUGGUCAUCGAUGGCAGUGGAGUGGCUGUGAAAGAAAAGGUCCAGACCACUAAUUGUGCCAUUGGUAGCGAUCUGGACUUAGUGCUUGCCCUCCGCCGUAGAGCAUUGGCCAUGGACCUCGUAGGCAUUGUGUCUUACGAGGUAGCAAACAAGUAUCACCAAUCGCUGCUUCAGCGACUUCGCGAGGCGCCUCCACCAGACUACGCAAAGGUGACAGUGGCACAGAUCAGCCGUGCAGACCGAGCUGCAUGGCUCAAAAUGGCCGAGACCGUGACCACUCUUCGUCGGUCCAGCUCUGGGAAUCUGCCUCUUGAUCUGCUCCUUCCGAACAUACUGCUUGAUCCGAGUGUGGCAUACCAUUUGUUGCCAUUGCAUGCCGGCAAUCACUCAGGUCCCCCGAAGGCGGAUCCCAGCACCGGCACGCCGCCACCGCCGAAACGGCCGUUCACUCCAAAUCCACGUCAGCCCAAGAAGCCUUCAAAGCGCACUAACUUCUCCGUGCCCAAGGAGCUUAUCGGCAAGGUACACCAGACGCCCAAAGGUCAUCGCUUGUGCUGGGGGUUCAAUCUCCCGUGUGGGUGUCAGGAUGCUAAGCCGGGCGGUAAAUGCGCGAAGGGGUUGCACUUGUGUGCAGAGCCAGGUGAGGCCCUUCUUCAAAAGCUUGAGGGCAUAGCGCUAGACGAGGUGGUGGUAGUGGAAGUCUUUUGUGGGACGGGGAGCUAUCUUUGGAUUCUUCCAGCGUGGAAGCGGUUUCUUCAAAGGCAUGACAUUUUCCAGACUGUUUUUCAUCAGUGUGAAUACGGUGGCUUGAGUCGACGAGAGACGCUCUUGGUUCAUAAUGUGCCCAAGUUUCAGGAACUCCAGCGAACCUGCUCGGGCAAACAUGUGCAUUUAGGUUGGGGCCGCAGUGGCCUCCUCGACAACGUCUCUGAAGGUGCAUAUCCUUGGGGCCUGUGCAAACUCAUGGCUAGCUUGCUCAAGGAGCACUUUCUUGCUUUGGGGUGCGCUGGCCCGGCCACAGAAAUCCGUGCCACGGCAAACGUUGUGCAGGCCUCCAGGGCCUUCUCAGGUAUGCAAUCGCGGAAGCGUGUGCCGCCACUGCUGAGCGAGUUUGCCUCUGUGCAUUCAGUUAUGGUGCCUUCAAGCUUGGCGGAAUCCUUUCUGCGUCCGGGUCAAAAACUGCCGUCGGACUGGAGCCCAGGCUCGUCCGUGCAAUGUUCUCCACCAUUGGCCCGGUUUCCUGCCGGCAGCCGUGUUCUUCGUGCCCACAUGGUGCCAGGGGGGUAUGAUGAGGACACGUUGAUGGGUUUAGCAAUCAAACAGGUCCAUCGCAAGGACCUGUGUAUCCUCCUGGACUUGCUACCUUCGGAAUCCCUGAGGUGGGGAGCAGACUCAGGACUUUUCCCGGGGCUAGAAUUUGGGACAGUUGGGUUUUUCCGUGACUUGGCAGCGAUACCGCACCGCGACGCCAACAAUGAAGCUUCCACUGACAAUGCCAUUGCUGCCCUGUCAGAUUUUGAACAAGGCGACUUAUGGAUGGAGGAUCCAAGCGGUGACGUGGAACGAGAGUUUCGAGGCCGUGCUGUCAAGGGAACCUGCAUCCCGGUUACAUGUGAGGGAUUCAGAUUCGACGGCCGACGGCUCCACGCGACCAUGCCCUGGCGUGGACGCAGAGAUGUCAUUGUGGCAUAUAUGCCCAGGGGUCCACAAGACUUGAACGCUGGGCAUAGGAAGCUCUUGGAAGGUUUGGGGUUUAUCCUCGAUCGAUCUAAAGCCCUAUCUUCUAAAAAGAAUGUCGCUGGCUUCACCAAGGCAGUGAUUGGUGUUUAUCGGACACCGGAGCAGUUUGUGGCAGAGGCCGCGACCAUCGGCCACCCAUCUCAACUGUCGUCACUGUUACCGCCUGAGAUUUCUUCUGCCGUGCGGAAAAUCCAUCGCGAAGGUGAGGCUAAUGUGGCCAAGGAGCGUACCGCCACGCUCCGCAAAUGGGUGGGGUUAGCUGGACAGCUGGAGCGCGCCGAGAAAGACCUGAAAGCCGAGCUGCCUCAGUUUCGUAAGGACGUCUUGAGCACUAAGCGCUUGGAGCUGUUCCGGCACCUGCUGUGCGAAAUCCAACAUGAGGAUACCACACUGGUUGAUGACAUUCUUCAUGGAUUUGACCUCACCGGUAAGUUGCCCCGUUCCAAUGUCUUCACGCGGAGGUUUAAACCUGCUGAGCAGUCUGAGGCCCAGCUCAGGGCUGGGGCCAAGAGGCUGCGCGAGGGACUGGUUGCAACCAUAAAGGCCUCGGAUGACCCGGAGGUGGAUCGCGGUGUUCUCAAGGCCACGCGCAAGGAACUUGAGCGUGGCUUCAUUGAAGGGCCGGUGCCGCUUGAUCAAAUUCCUGAGCAUGCGUCGCUCACGCAUCGGUUCGGAGUCCUGCAGGGUCACACUGAUGAAGGGCCGAAGGUAAGACCCAUAGACAAUUACUUGACGUCCCAAGUUAAUUCUUCAGUGACCCAGGUUGAACAGGUCAGUGUCCACACGAUCGAUGUAGUCGCUGGCAUGUUGGGGUGCUGGUUGAAUGAAUGGUUCAUGAGCGGGCGCCCGGAGCAUUCUGCUCCAGUGUGCAAAGCGUGGGACCUGCGUACCGCUUACAAGCAGUUGCCGCUUUCCGAUUCCUCGUUCGAGCUUGACAGCUUCUUCAUUCUUUUCAACAUUGAGGAAAGUGGAGGUGAGGUGUACAAGCAGCGAGUUCUUCCCUUCGGUUCCACUGCCAGUGUGACCAGCUUCAUAAGGGCUGCCUAUGCCUUAUGGAAGCUCGGAGCUGUGAGUCUGUACCUUGUCUGGAGCGAGUAUUUCGACGAUUACUUGAGUGUGAGUGGCGCCGCCUGCGCCAAGCACUGCAACUUCGUAAUCACGAUGUUCUUCCAGUUGCUUGGGUGGGAAGUCUCGAAAGAUAAAGAGCUUGACUACGAUGCAAUGUGCGUAGUCCUUGGGGUUCAAAUCAACCUCAAGGAUGCAAAGCUGGGACUUAUCUUUCUUGAGAAUACUGCGAAGCGCAAGAAAGAAGCUCUUGAUGACAUCAGUCGUGCUUUGUCCACAGGGCUGCUGGACCCUAGUGAAAGCGAGAAGCUACGAGGCAGGCUGCAGUUUGCCAGUUGCCAGAUUUUUGGCAGACGUCCCAAGGCAUCCUUGAAGUUAUUGGGCCAUCACUCAAGGCAGCGGAAGUGGGAAGUCAGCCCCCUCACGCGUUUGGGUUUGAUGCAGCUCAAGCAAUUCCUUGAAGAGUCCCGGCCCAGACCGGUUCGAGCCAGGCGCGAUGAAUAUGUGCACAUUUAUGUGGACGCUUCUUUUGAGCCUGGUGGGUUUUGUGGAUUAGGGGGUCUUGUCUUUAACUCCUCGGGUUCCGCUUUGAGUUGGUUUGGCUACGAGGUCCGGCCUGAGCACAUUCGCAAGCUGCUGACUUGUGAGGAUCGCAGCAGAGAGACUGUAAUCUUCGAGUUGGAGGCUUUGGCCCUGGCGAUUUGCUUGGAGAUCUUUCGUCCAUGGAUUGAGCGGAAAGGCGUUGUUGCAUUCACUGACAACGAGGGCGUUUUCGGAAGUUUUGUCAGAGGCCAUAGUGACAAUCCUUCUUGCAGCACCUUGAUUGAUUUCUUCAGCUCGAGCGAAGAGAAUCUUGAAGUGAUAUGUUGGCUGGACCGUGUGCCUUCGUUGUCGAACCCAGCCGACAACCCUUCCCGCGGGCAUGAAGUCGCCCACGUUCCGAGGAUUCAGGUGCCUGCAACGGUUCUGGCGCGUGCGCUCCCGUCUGUCUUCGGGUGA